AUCAGUCCGUGCAACGUAAUUAAAUCCCAAAUUUCCAACUCUCUCUAAAAUUUUCAAGGACCUUCUCCUAUAAAUUCAUCCAUUUCUUACGCCAAAAUCAAAACACAAACAAAGUUUAACCAUGGGGAAGGUGAUUAGCAUAACCUUGUGCACUGUGUUCCUGGCAUUUCUAAUAGCUGGAGUGAGUUCCCAAAGUGCGUCUAAUGUGAGAGCAACCUACCAUUACUACAAUCCUGCACAAAAUGGAUGGGAUUUGAAUGCUGUAAGUGCUUUCUGUUCUACUUGGGAUGCUGGCAAGCCUCUCGCAUGGCGCCAGAAGUAUGGAUGGACUGCCUUCUGUGGACCGGUCGGACCUCGAGGACAAGCUGCUUGUGGCAAAUGCUUAAGGGUGACUAACACAAGAACAGGAGCUCAAGUGACAGCAAGAAUAGUUGAUCAGUGUAGCAAUGGAGGGUUGGACUUAGACUAUGAAGGCGUUUUCCGGCCGUUAGACACAGACGGAAAUGGGUAUAAUCAAGGCCACCUUAUAGUCAACUACAACUUUGUAGAUUGUGGGGAUUACACCAAUUAAUUUAUUAAUUGGUUCCAAUAAAUGUAGUUCCUGUAUUAGCAGAAAAUAAAUGUUUCCUGUAUAAUAAGAAAGCUCGCUGCUUGUAAUCUCACGUUCUUGAGUGAAAAAUAAAAAUAUGAAUAUACAGAGCUCAUUCAUUUGACUCUGUUAAGGAAACAGUUGCACGUUUCUAAGUUAACUAAAGCAAAUUCAGUUUGAAGGAA